UAGUCACAAGUGACCUCGCUUUCGAGAACGCUCGGAGCACCAGGACAGAGGACAGAUUCUCGGUGUGGCAGACGGCUCGCAGUUUCAUUCGAAGAAAGUUGACUCACAGAUUUCUAAAAUGGCUGGUACAGAUGCAGACGCAGACAGAACCGUUGUUAUUGCUAUGGACGGGAGCAAGCACUCCGAUGAAGCAUUUCAAUGGUAUAUGAAGAACGUUCACAGAAAGAAUGACCACGUGAUCUUUGUCCACUGUCCUGAGUACCACACAAUCAUCCAGUCGCCGAUGGUGAUGGCUGAUGUGACUGUACUGACUGACCUGUACAGGGACGAGGAGAAGAAGGUGAAGGAGUUCCUGGAGACCCUGGGGAAGAAGCUGAGGGAGGCUGGGAUUGGUGGUAAAGUUAAGAGCAUAGGAGGAAGCCCAGGCGAGGUUGUAUGUCAAGUCGCAGACGAGGAGAAGGCGAGUCUGAUCGUAACAGGAACACGCGGAAUGGGGCAGAUCAGGCGUACAUUUGUUGGCAGCGUCAGUGACUACAUCAUUCACCAUUCACACGUCCCUGUCGUCGUAUGUCGAUUGAAGGGCUCCCAUGACAAACAUGGACAUUAACGGCUCAUCUCCCUGAAAUUGACGCUUCCAGUUGAGACGGACGUCUUUGGUUAAUACGACACAUGGACUCUGUUAUCAAGUACAUUGUGGCUUUUUUAGCUCAAGUCCUUGUUUUCUGUUACCCAGACAAAGUAGUAAACUGGAGAAAGUUCAUGGUUUAUGUUAAGAGGUGCUGCUUGAAAAAUGAAGCUUAAAUAUUGUUGAAAGUAUUUCAUGUGCCUUAUUGUAAUAAAUUUAAAUAGUUUAUUUGAUCUUUUAAGCUGGCUAUACCGAGUUUGCAUUGAAUUUUUUAAGAGACUGUGAUUAUUGGUUAAGUUGAUUUCGAGAGAUAUGUCUCUUUGUUUGGACAACAAUGUCAUAAACUAAUGUCUGUGAAAAGUCAAACUCUUAAUCUGUUUAUGAAAAGUUACACAUUAUAUAGACCAUGCAGAAAAUUGUGUCUUCCUGGAUGUAUCUCAAUUAUCAGGGCUCUCCAGCUCUCAACCUAUCAGUUUUGUCUAAUUGUCGAAAGUGUUUUCAUUUUCAUAAAUUUAUAUAAAUUGGGACCAUUUCAAUUCAAACUUGGAAUAUUUACUCCCAUUUGCUGCAGGCCUGGGGCCAAAUAUGAACCUCUAGCAUGGCCUUGCUAGUGUUUUGCAGAGAAUACCAAAUCAGAGGUGGAUAUAACUAUUAUCAGUAGGUGAAAUAAGUGUUGAAAAACUGCUUCAUAACUGACUAGAAAACAUGCCUGGACAAGACCAAAGAAUUUUAUAAGUGUAAUUUUUCACAUAUUAGUCAGAAUGUUCUUUUAGCUUUUCUUGUCCAUAAAAAAAUUGAAAAAAUGAAAAAAUCUCCAUAUUCAGUAGUUUAGGUUUUGGUACAUUUUUAUUGCUAUUCAUAUAAUCAAGUUGUUUGACUGCUGUCUGCAGUUUUGUUUUCAAAGUGGCUGGGAAAUUAAGAGAUAUUGACCAAUGGCUGUCUUGCAGCACCAGCUCUCCAGCUUUUGAUUGGAUAACCAUACAUCUUGUUUAUUGUACAAAUAAACUGAUUAUCAGUUAUCAAAAUAUCAACUUGUUCUUUUAGGUGUCAUUAGAAAAAAACAUGAUUAUUUAUCCAGACAGAUCAAUACUGUUAAACAGUUGGCAAGUGUGAAAUGUUUGUGAAAUGUAAAAUUGUGAUAAACUCGAAGUAUCGGUCCCGACCAUUAAUUUGCAAUUACUGGGUCUUAUGUGCCAGUUUAAAUGAGACAGUUUGUUUCAAUGAAUAUUGAUUAUUGAUAUUGUUACUGUAUGCAGAGGCAUGUUAUAAUCAGAAGUCAUUGAUUAAACAGAUGGUAGGAAAAGA